UCCCCUCCUGCCAGCGUCCCGCCUGCACGUCGUCUGGCCGCCACACGCCGGUUAACUCCCCGCGCUGCUCACAGAUGUCGCGGCCGGCGCGCCCGGCUCGCUGCUGCGCAUCCCCGGCCCUCAUGCUCUUAUUUACGGUUUGUUUAUAGUCGUGCAUCGUCACAUGGGCGCUCGGUGGGGCCAGGCGCGCUCCGACUGCUCGUAAUUUAUCCGGACGGAGACGGUGGUCGGAGGCUCGGAGUGGGGUGCAAGGCUCGCGCAGGGUCCGCGGGUCGGGCCACCUCGUUGCGCCCGCUACCACUCUCAUUAUCUUGUUAACCUCCACUCAUGCGGCCAUUCCUAUUGGUCGCUGUCGGUCACGUGCUAGUAUUCCCAGCCCAUAAAUGGAGUAAUGUGCAAGUGCUAGAGAGGUUUUCCUUCGAGUAGUGUCGCCAUAAUUCAUCAACAUUGGGUAGAACAGUGGACAGAAGGGCACUCGAGGAGCAAAUCACCUGCGGACUUCCGCGAUGAGCUCCUAUCAGUUCGUGAACUCUAUGUCCGCCUGCUACGGGCAGCGCGGACAGGACGCCAGUGUCGUGAACACAGACUACUACGGUACUUCCCUCAACAGUUACAACAAUUGCUACUCGCCUCCACUGCAGUAUGGAGGCUACACACCUUCCGGAAUCUCAAUCGUUCCAAACGGAAGCGAAUUCUCCGGCGGCGGCAGUAGCGGAGCCUCGGGGACUUCAGCGUCUGCAGCGUCGGGGUCAUCAGUGGGCACCCCGAGCGGCUCCGGCGGGAACACCACACCAGGGCCCUCCGUGCAGGGUCGCCUACACCAGACAUCCUCCUCGCCUGCCUCCACGCCGCAGGCAUCCACCUCCUCUGCCUCCUGCAAGUUCGCCUCCACGCCCGAGUCCUCUGCCAACCCAGUAGGCUCCCCGCAGGACCUGUCCGUGUCAGCUGGCGGCAGUGGGCCAGGCUCGAGUAGCUCAGGAAGUGGCUCCGAGCAGAACAGCUCUAGUCAGGGCGGUGGAGGAGGCACCAGCACUACCGGCGGAGGCGGCGAUGGUGCAGAAGGCGGAGAGAGUCUGGAGGGCGCCUCUGGAAGCUCGGGGGGCUCAUCCACCACCAAGUCCCAGCCACAAAUUUACCCCUGGAUGAAGAGAGUCCACCUCGGCCAGAGUGAGUAA